AUCCACAAAUUACCCACAUCGCGAGCAUUGCCUUAAGCACUUGAGCCUAAUCCACUGACUCUCCCCAGGGCUUCAAAGGCGUGCAUCCAUUGCCACAUCAUCCAUCAGCCGGGCCCCUAACCACCAAGGACUCGCCAGUUUGCCCCUAGAGUCUGAAACACUCUCCCUACCUUAUAAUAAUCGAAGAGAAACUGCCAAUCUUCCUUCUCCCUCACCCCGAGCGAGGUUUGCUGAGAAUCCCAUCAUAGGCCCAACCCGCGAAGCUAGCACGCGACUUUCUCGACGCAAGAGUGCCCUUAAGUCUCGAUCGCCAAGCCAGCUAGUUGUACCUUCCGUCAAGGCCCCCACGGUCGAUGUGGCCACAUCCCAGGGAAUUGGUCCAUCUGGUCACCCUGAUUCGAGUUCCUCCAGCGGUAGCCUCCUGCUCACACUACCUUCAGCCUCCACAAAACGCUCUCGGACAACCUCAAUGAUUGUUUCUGACGAUACCCUCUGGUCUAAUCAUCAUCUCUACCCAGAAGCUGCAAUUGAUUCUUCAUUACGACAGAGAAAAAAUGCAGAAGCUUUCGACCAAACCCACUUCCGCCAACGCGCUCACAGUAUGUCAGACUUUAAUACCCCUGAUCAUGUGCUUGCCGCUGGGACGGACGUGGUUGAUCAACUCACUUCGCUGAACUCGAAUCCAAGUCCUCCAGCUGGCUAUUUUACGGAUCACAGCACUUUAUUUGCCGACAAGCCCCGUCACAAUCUGAGUUACAUGUCCAACCAGUCAGACGAUGAACCGAUGUCCUCAAGCAAUUAUGAAAGCCUGAAUUUCAAUCACCAUUCAAGGCCCGUAUCAACGAUUUCUUCUUCAACGACUUCAUCCACCUAUACAACCUUUCCUCCACCUCCUGAUAAGAUUCCCGCUGGUAUCAAUUCUUACCGGGAGAACAAACUUGACACAGAAAGCAAUGGCAGACUUAAUGAGCUGCCCUCCUCAGCUACUUCAGCCUCUUCCCUAAUAAAACAACACUAUCGCUCCGGAGAACUCGUCACCAAAUCCGACUCAGAUCCGCUUAUUUCACCACUUGAAAAGCUAUCCUUUCUCGCCACAACUCGGCCCAGUAUUAACGGUCGCAAAAGAAGCGGGACAGUCUUGCCCCCCAAAAAACCUCAACUCAUCUCUGAAGGUUCACCCGACGAUUCUUGCAUUGUAUUGCCCAUUGAUUCACUUCUUGCAAAAAUAGAAGAUAAGUCAAUCAAGCCCCCUGCUCGUCCCCCGCGAAGCAACCGGCGAGGAGCUGCUGGUCAGCCCCCAGAUCUGUCGCCCAUCAGCUCUGGACGCGAUACAGACUCUCAUAUUGCUAAAACGUCCGCAAAGGAUUACUUGACAAGCAACACGCCAGCCGGCCACGCAGGCUCUAUCUAUGACUCUGCCAGGUCCAGCCCGGCCCCCCUCCCCACCUCAGCCAUGCUAGUCAAUCAGCUCAACCCGAAAACUAUGAUGUCUUCAAGAAAUCAACAAGACUUGCCACCUAAUCAAAACUUAUUCAAGCCUUUGCCCAAUGAAAGCCGACCUCGUCCAGCCAUUCCGCCAAGAGCCCCUAGUAGAAAGGGCGGAAGACCGAAAUCAUCCGGGAAAAAGUUGGGGGUUCCAGUCGAUCUCUGCCCAGACUCGGAGUCCACCACUUCCUUCGUCGCCAAUAGCGGCACUGAAGAUGAAGUUGAUGAUUUUGAAAGUGCAGAGGAAGGAGAUGACCAAUUCUGGUCAGCGGCUGAAAGUACUGAACCACAUGAACCAAUCAGUGCUGGUAACAAGCCAGCAGCUACGUCUCAUAUCAACCAAAGUUCCUCCGAAAGUUCGUCCCACUUGCAGCCUCAAUCACCCGACCAAUUACCGCAGUUGGAAACACUUUCCGGUGCGGAACAGGGGCAUAAAAAGCAUGCUACCGUGUCAAUUAUUGGAGCCUUUCCUCGUUCAGAGAGCUAUGCCGACAGCUUCCUGAGCUCAACGCAUUCUAACUCCGAUACUUGUCAAGAGCUGUCCUUCGAAGAAUUGUACCAAUCACAGAAAGCUUCUUCUCAGCUGCACCCCAAAAAGAACCUACAAAAACAUAAUCAGCGACCGCAAAAUGCUGCACCGAUUCCAGAAACUCCAUAUGACUCGCAAACCCCUCGAAAAUCAUCGCAUCUGCCCUCAAACCAGCCACAAUCAUCCCCACAACGCCGUGACGUGAGAUCGCCUGUCCCUGGACAUCCAACGACUCGCAAUCAAGCCUCCUCAGAAGCGCUUUACCCAGCGCAUCCAACGACUAUCAGUCCUUCUGAACCUCGUUAUGAUAAUGCUCGCGUGUCACGCACCUCUUCACUUGAGGGGCUUGCUGCGCUCAGAAAGCCAAAUAGCCUCUCGUCCCCGUCUCCCCGGAAAAAGACCAGUGUCCGCUCGGUCCACUUGCGCCAACUGUCGAAGAUAUUAAGCUUUUGUGCGAAAGAUGUCGGCUAUGAGGAAAACUCGAGCGAUGAACAAUCUGAGACGAUUCUGAGUGAGGUAAACAAUCACCAAGUCACGCCCCUCAGCUCCCUAUCUCAGAGUCCCGUCCAUUCGAAUGCAAACCAAGCGGCCCCAAGCGUGCCUUCGACAUGGAAAAACUCAAUGUCGAAGAACGCAUAUGCCAACUUAUUGAGUAUGUACGGCGCCGUGGAGAUGCGUCGCCAGGAGCUAAUAUGGGAGCUAUGCGAAACGGAACAUUCUUUCGCCAUGGGGUUGCGCCAGGUUAUCGAGAUUUUUGCCUUUCCCCUACGAACACCCGAAGGGGCAUGGAUCUCAGGCGUGCCGACUGAGGUUGCAAGGCUCCUGGACUGGCUUGAGGACAUCGUGAAUCUGCACUCACAGAUGGCCUUCCAGGCCAAAACCUGCUGCCAGUACCAGACCGAGGCGCUCGGCCUAGUCGUUCACAUCUCCGAAGUCUUCCUUGAGCUGACCCCUAAACUCGAGGUCUAUCAGCCCUAUCUUGUCCGCUUCAGUGAAGUUACGGCUGCAAUCGAGGAGAUGGUCGCGAAUGUUGAUAGCGACUUUGGUGAAUUCGUUCGCAUGCAAAGCUCCUUGCCUGAAUGUGGGAGGAUGAGUCUGACUAGUUUCCUGCUGAAGCCGAUUCAGCGUCUUAUGAAAUACCCUCUAUUUUACAAGCAACUUUGCGAUGUCACACCCCCAGCUCAUCCUGACCAUGAGGCAACUGUCUGUUUGUUCAACGCCACUGACUCCAUGAUCCGGGUGCUUCAGGAAGUCAAAGAACGCGAGGAUGAGUACGAGAAACUCAAAAAAAUGGAAAGCAGAGUGAGAGGAUUACCCCUCGGGUUCAAGUUGGCCAGACGAGAUCGAAGACUAUUGGCGCAAGGAUUAUUGAAAACAGUCCAACUGCCCACUCGAGAUAUACAUCACCUUUCAAGCGCUCAAGGCAAUCUGUGGCCAAUGAAUCCCCAAAUGACGCAAACAAAUCAGAGCCGUUCAGGAUCUUCGCCGCAAUCCGGGCAUUCCAGCGAAUACACUGCAAGGUCAACCUCUCGGAGCUCGUAUCAUAGCAAUAUGAGUCAGCACAGCCUCGCUUCUUCCUUCUCGCCGAGUGUCCAAUCUGUCAAAUCCCACCGUUUUUCGCUGGCGAAUCGUGAAAACGAGCCGCCGAGCUUCUUAAAUUACCCGAGCUCACCUCAAAACCCGUUCCCACUCGGUAGUCAGCAAUUCCACAAUCGGAUGACCCCCUCCCAGCUUUCGGGGCAACCGCAAGAUCCGAAGCACUAUCUCCGCACCCGGGCUAGUGGCGCAUAUGAGUCCCAGCCGGAAGAGCUCAGUCGGCGCAAGAGUCUCUCAUCCAGUCGAGCCUACAGAAAACCGAAAGAAACACCGGUUCAUGUCUUCGUUUUUUCGGACCUUAUUCUCCUUGCCAGGAGACAUAGCGACGGAGUGCGUCUCAUUCGUUCGGCUACGCUUCAAAAAAAGAAGAAAGAGUCACUGUCGCACUACUCGGUGCUCGAAGAAGUGGGCCUAUCACGUUUAGUGGCCGUCUCGGAUGUGUCAGGCGAGCUUGAAUACCCCCAUCUAUUGAAGCUUGACUUGCUACCACUUGGAGAAGUUAACUCUACUCAGUACACGGCCAAAUCACCAGUUUCAGUUUUAUUGACCUUCCCCGACCGGCUACCAGGAUCAUCACAAGCAUCGACGUAUGAAACCGUCCAGAAAGAAAGAUUUAGGUGGCUUGCAGCGUUCCAUCAAGCACUGAGAUCGCCCGAACUAAGCUUGAGAGGCCAGACAGACGACCUAUCUGACCUGCUGGACCCUUCUAACCCGGCCUUCCAAAAGAUUCCGAUCCAUGCCCAGGAAAGGCAAGAGCGUAACUGGUGGUCGGCUCGUCAUCGCUUGGUGGCUAAAGAGCUAGAGUUCUCUAAUGAUGAGUUAGCCUCUGAUCCAAGUGAAAUGGAUAGCAACUCUUAUAACAGCAACAGUUUUGAUAGUUUUCGAGGCGAGCCUACUCAGGUUUUGUCUUCUGUGAGGCAAAAUCAAGCCCUCUAUCUCCCCCACCUUCAUACCGAAAAUCACAGUCUUCUUGAACAAAUUAAAACAUCCGGUCUUGGCCUAGAUUUUGGCUUCUGACAAAAUAGUGGUCUCAUCUUUGGCUCCAACAACACUAUUUCUCUUUAAUAAAUUGUAAACUCUUUUGUUGUUUCAUAGUUAAUCAAAAGAAACCGACAUUCUUGGCACACAUUUUCUUCACUUUCCUUGGAUCUUCUUUCUCUAGGAAGCAUCCAACAAUUCAUUGCAUUUUGUUUUUGUUUUUGUUUUUCAUUUUCAUUUUCUUCCUGCUCUCUAAUUCUAUAGUUAAGAUUUAAUUUGUUUUGUUUUGGAUUAACUUGAUCUUCUUGCUUAUUAAUUACAAACUACUUGAUCAUUAUUUAUACUAUUCAUAUUUUCUUAUUUAUUAGCAAAACCAUAAGACUUUAACUUUAGUAUGUGUUCUUGUGUUAAUUAAUUUUUGAAUUGCAUGUGAUUUUUUUAGUACAAUUUUAUACCAGUUUCAACUUUUAUCUAUGUUGGUGGUCAUUGUGUUUGGAUCAAUCAUCAGUCAGACAAAUCAACC